AUGGAGAACGUUUCUCUAACCAAGGGAGUAUUUGCAUACAAAGGAAGUUACAAAAUUGGGAAGAAGAAAAAGAAAGUUAUAUACCCGGCUUAUUUUAAUGAACCCUGGUAUAUCGCGUAUAACGAAACAUGGGGAUAUAUCGAGCAGGCUGCGGAGAAUGUCCGAUCGAAAAUGUUUCAACAAGUUAUAUCCAAUUUGGAGUCUUUCGUAUCAAAAGUAAAAGCGACUCCAUUGAAUGUGUCGUUUCACGAAAUAGCGACGGCUGUUUUGUUAACAGGAGUAAAUGUCCCUGAUCAUACGACACUUUUCGACACGGUAACGUCCAAGCUCAGUAAAAUAACGCCGCACUUAGCAAUGAUUUGCAGCAGAAAUUGUAACAGUGUGAAGAACAUCAUCGAAGACACUGUGUACCAAUUUAUUCAUCAAACUUCAAGUUCUGAAUCUGAAUUAGCCAGUGAUUCUGAAUCGAACCAUAUUCCUGAAGUGCGUAAAAGUCAAUGCACUAUGCGUGUCUUAAAAAAUAUGUUUGCGGAACAUCACGAUCCGGAGGAUCCUUUAAUUAUAAUUUUGCCGGACUUCGAAAGCUUCCCCAUUAAUGUGUUGCACGAUUUUAUUUUGGUGUUGAGUUCGUAUAGCAGUACAUUGAAGUUCGUACUCAUUUUCGGCGUCGCGACUACGUUACACGUCGUGCAUAAAUCAUUGACAUAUGACGUCACAUCGAAGUUAGUCGUGCAGGUAUUCUAUACGCAAACGCAAGUCAAAACACUAGCCGAUGUAUUGGAGAACACUGUUUUCUCUACAAAGAUUCCAUUUAAAUUAAUCGGCCGAGCGUUUCAGUUACUGACUGACAUUUUUCUGUUUUACGAUUUUUCGGUGGAUAAUUUCUUACAAAAUUAUAAGAUAUGUAUGAUACAACAUUUUUACGAGAACAACGUGAGUUCUCUUUGUUGUCAACCGAAAGACAUUAAGAAAAAAGUAUCUGAACUCACUGCUGAAAGUAUCGCGGAAAUUAAAACUUUACCGUCUAUCGCUAAAUAUUUGAAGACGUCGAAUGCGAGUGGAGAUAAAAAGCUCAGCGAUAAAGAAUUCAAGGAAUUGUUGGAACAGUUGUUAAAUAAAUUUCAUAAAUUUAUGAAUCAAUUUUUGAUUGUUUUGAGAUGUUUGCAUUCUAUGGUUGCAUCAUUGCCAGGUUCGCCAAUGGGUAAACAGUUGCGAGAGGUUUACACUAAAGCGGUUUACACGAGUGAUCUCACAGAAUCUUCCGAAUACAAAGAUUGUAUGAAAUUAUUGGGAUUUUUAUCGAAAGAAGAACUUCUCUCGAAACUCGUAUCUGUUAUAAAAAUUAUCGAGGAUUCCAAAGAUUCACAAAUUACUAAAAUUAAAAUCGAUCUUAACAAUCACAUCAAGACGAUUCGAGAAGCUAGUUUAAGCGUCACAACUACCUCCGAAAUCAUCAGUGUGGAAGAAAAACUUAAUCGUAUGCAACUAAAGGAGAAAUUACUCAAAAUGAGUCAGCAACAGUCGCGUUCUGCUUACAAGCAGGCGCUGCUUGACUUGAUCAAUUACUUAGACGAAAAAGUAUUUUCCGUUCAUCUGAUCGAUCCGAGUCGCGUGACGGCUCACGAGAUAUUUUGCUACAGCGAUGGGAAUCAGGCGAAGCAUCAUAUUCGCGGCUCUUUGCGGGCUGCUAUACACACCGGAUUGAGCGAUCCACAGAUGUAUCUGGAUUGCGACUGCUGCAAAUUGGAGAACGACGACGACAUUCCGCGCACGCUUCCCGACCUGAGUAUAAUUUAUAAGCUGCAUUUGGAGUCCAGGAAGCUGAUCAAUAUGUACGACUGGCUGCAGGUAACAAUCUGGCCCGCAUUCUUGACGAUUGUGGACCCGCAGACCCAGCACACGGAGCAACGCGAGAUAGACCCGCUAUUACAAGCUCGGUUUACUCAAGCGGUCGCCGCUCUACAGUUCCUCGGCUUCAUCAAGACUUCUCGAAGGAAGACGGAUCAUGUAAAGCGCCUUACGUAA